AUUAUGUGUUUGUUUGUCUGUUUGUUGAUGUCGUUUGCUUCUUCAACGCUCCAAAACGAUAAAUAAUCAAAUCAGACAGAGAAACAAUAAACAAAUCUGAAAAAAAAGAGUUAAUGAUUCUCACGACCACAACAGAAGAACUCAACGACAUACAAAGCUUCGAAAGACUCUUUCUUUCUCUCUUUCUUUCUUUUCUUCGACCCAACUCAACCCCUCCAAGACUCUUUCCUUCUUUCUCCUUCAAAGGGUUUGUUUUUCUUCCAUUGUUUAACCAGAAAUUUCUCUUCUUUAUUCAUUUUUUUUUCAAUAAAAAACUAAUCUUUUUCUGAAAAAGAAAUAAAAAAUUCAGCUAAAGGAAAAGCCUUUUUCGUUGCCAGCCAUGACUGAGGUCCUUCAUUCUCCAUCACAUUUCGCUUCGUCUUCUUCUCCUUCGAGAGCAAACCCUUCUCCUUCUCUUCCUUCUUUGUCUUACGAGGAGAGAGAAAGAGAAAGAGAAAGAGAGAGAGAUUCUCCGGUGACUGGCUGUGACCCAGAUGAGGCAGUGAAUGACAUUGCCGGUGACGGUGAAGAAGAAGAAGAAGAAGAAGACGACGACGACGACGAGCAGAGCCGUGACCAGUUGUCUCUGUUGGCAUUGUUAGUGACCCUUUUCAGAAAAUCUUUGAUUGCUUGUAAGAGUGAUAGAAGGGAGCUUUGCUCCAUGGAGAUCGGUUGGCCUACUAACGUGCGCCAUGUUGCGCAUGUCACCUUCGACAGGUUCAAUGGCUUCUUGGGUUUGCCUGUUGAGUUCGAGCCUGAGGUGUCCAGCAGAGCCCCCAGCGCCAGCACAACUGUGUUUGGAGUUUCCACAGAAUCUAUGCAACUAUCUUAUGAUUCAAGAGGGAAUAGUGUACCAACAAUUCUCUUGCUUAUGCAAGGCCACUUAUAUGCUCAAGGAGGCCUAAGGGCAGAAGGGAUCUUCAGGAUCAAUGCAGGAAAUAGUCAAGAGGAGAUUGUUCGGGAUCAAUUGAACAGAGGCGUUGUACCCGAAGGCAUAGAUGUACACUGCUUGGCAGGGCUUAUCAAGGCUUGGUUUAGAGAACUCCCAACUGGGGUUCUAGAUUCUUUAUCACCCGAGCAGGUGAUUCAAUGCCAGACGGAAGACGAGUGUGCAGAGGUUGUGAGGCUUCUUCCCCCGAUUGAGGCUGCUCUGUUGGACUGGGCCAUCAACUUGAUGGCUGAUGUCGUCCAACACGAAGAUCUAAACAAGAUGAACGCGAGGAAUAUCGCCAUGGUUUUUGCACCAAACAUGACUCAGAUGGCUGAUCCGUUGACUGCACUUAUGUAUGCAGUCCAAGUAAUGAAUUUCCUCAAGAUGCUCAUCACGAGGACGCUGAGAGAAAGAAAAGAUUCGGUGGUUGAUCCCUCUCCUGCUCGCAGUUUAGAGCCGUACGAUGAGAAUGGACACCAGAGCUCUUCCCAGACCUGCAUCAAAAGUACUACUGCCCAAGAAGAUGAAGAGACAGAGAAAGAGCCAAAAAGUUCCCUCCAACCUAACCAAAAUAGCCACUCGAGCAGCGAAGAGGUUUUGAGUUUAGCAACAGGCUCGGGAGCUUGCGAGACUUCAGCUCCAGUUGACACCUCGGUCAACGGAUCAGAAGCUGGGGAAGUUCAAGAAAGCCCGCAAAAGAGCAGGACCGGCGGACAAUCGAGUAAUUCGAAUUUUAAGAAGGGGUCUAGAAAAGUAAUUCAGGCAGCAGGGGUUAUCGAGAAGAGUAAGGAAAUUAGAAAACUGAGUCGCAUGAAUUCAAGGAUGGAGCUCAUUGAAGCAUGGCGAUAAUCGAAAAAAGCUUAACAUGAAUAAUCCAAGGUUGGACCUUUAACUGACUUUCAUGACAUUGUUGGCAUUGUAAGUUUGAUACAUUCUGUAAUUUGUGAGAAGAAGUUUGUGAAUUUGUUGUUCAUGUAUGCUUGCUUUCUGGUUGCUUGACUUGAUCUUAUUUCAUGAUUGGCAUUCUCUUAAUACUUUUCUUGUGUUUGACUUCA